GGCGGGCGCGCGGGCCGGGCGGAAGCCCCGCGGCGGGCGGCGCGUGCGCGGGGGCGUGGCCGCGGCGGGGGCGCGGCCGCCGCUCAGUUCCUGCCCCGCGCGCGGGCGGGCGGGUGUCGCCGGUCGCGACGGAGCUGAAGAAACAAAUUGAUCUACAUGUGCUUCACUGUCCAUUGGAAGAAUGACAGAUGAUAAAGAUGUACUGCGAGAUGUGUGGUUUGGGCGAAUACCGACCUGUUUCACUCUGUAUCAGGAUGAGAUAACUGAAAGGGAAGCUGAGCCCUACUAUUUGCUUUUGCCAAGAAUAAGCUACUUGACACUGGUAACAGACAAAGUGAAGAAACACUUUCAGAAAGUUAUGAGACAAGAGGAAGUUAGUGAAAUAUGGUUUGAAUACGAAGGUACACCACUGAAAUGGCAUUACCCAAUUGGUUUACUCUUUGAUCUCCACGCAUCAAAUACAGCCCUUCCUUGGAGCAUCACAGUGCAUUUCAAGAAUUUUCCAGAAAAGGAUCUUCUACACUGCCAUUCAAAGGAUGUGAUUGAAGCUCAUUUUAUGGCUUGUAUAAAAGAAGCAGAUGCUUUAAAGCACAAAAGUCAAGUCAUCAAUGAAAUGCAAAAAAAGGAUCAUAAACAACUGUGGAUGGGAUUACAGAAUGAUAAAUUUGAGCAAUUUUGGGCAAUAAAUCGAAAACUCAUGGAGUAUCCCCCAGAAGAUAACGGAUUUCGAUACAUCCCAUUUAGAAUUUAUCAGGCAACAACAGAGAGACCUUUUAUACAGAAACUAUUUCGACCAAUUGCUUCAGGAGGACAGUUGCAUACUUUGGGAGACCUGCUCAAAGAUGUGUGUCCUAGUGCUAUCACCUCUGAAGAUGGAGAGCAGAAGACUCAAGUGAUGAUUCAUGGAAUUGAGCCAAUGCUGGAAACACCCAUUCAGUGGCUAAGCGAACAUAUGAGCUAUCCAGAUAAUUUUCUCCACAUUAGUAUCAUUCCCCGACCUACUGAUUGAAACUCAGCUAUAUUCGUAUGAGGAUCAUUCUCAAGCUGGAAUUCUAAGGGCAUGUCAACUUCUUGCUUCUGUCAGUCUUGACAGAGGCAGCCUGACCAGAAAAAAAGAAACCAACAAAAAGCCGAAACAAAACAAGAAGUCCUCACUGCUGUAAGCUAAACAGGAAGAGAGAUCCUAUCAUCAGAUAAGGGCAAUUGGGCUGAUCUUAUUUUGCAUCACUGUGCUGCGUUUGUUCACUGCUGUAAUUAAAUCAGUUGCGAUAUGAAAGAAUUUACAGGACUUCUGCAAGUCUGCUGUUUUCUUGUAAAAUAUAAUAAAACUGAAACUGUCAGCCGAAGAGCAAAUGGAAAUAUGCCACUUGAUUGUAUUUCUGAUUAACAAAUAAACAGGGCUGUUUCCUAAAGAGGUAGUGUUUCAGCUUUGAGGGUGGAAACAUUGGUUUAAUUUUCUAGAAAGUUAGACACUGAGAGAUUUGGUUACCAAUAGCUUUUUGUAAAAGAUCAAAUUACUGUAAAUCCAUCUUUCCUUAAUGAGAAGUUCAUGUUUACAGUAUAUGUAUUGGUAUGCAAAUGAUCUUUUAACUUUGAUAACAAGCAGUGAGAGAUUUUAAAGUAAGCCCAGCAUAUUCUGUCAGUUAAAAACAUGCACAACUUAAUUAUUACAAAUACUUUUGAUUUGUAUGCUGUCACUGAAUACUCCAGUGUGUUUAUUAUUCAAACCAGUUUUCAUAGACUAGCAACGAUGUAGGAUAAUUUGUCUCAGGAUUCAUCAUGGUAUUUCUUUGUGCUCAUCUAAUUUUUUAUUUCUUUAAGAAUAUAUUUUCUUAAUUUACUUCAAAAAGUUUUUUUUUUAAAAAGCUACAUGGAUGUUGCGAAUGGGGUUGUAUCCUGGUGUUUAUUCCCAUAGACUAGGAAACAGUGAAAUCAUAGAAUGAUGAACAGAUUGUUUUUUAAUGAUUUUGAAUUUUGGAAAGCUGAGGCUUUUCCAAGCUAAUACUUUCUUACAUCUCUGGUCCCUGAGCAAUCAGUCCACAAUUUGGAAGCUUCUAAUCUCAUUGCACAGAUUUUUUUCUUAGUGUAGCAGAUGUAUUUUUAGGUUAUUGGAUCAUUUUAGUUUCUAAAUGUUUGUUACCAUUGCAGAUGCUACUCGAACUCUACCAAAUUUUUUUGUGUGUGUUACACUAAAUUCAUCAAACUCUAUUGCAUCGUCUGUAGUUUGUGGCACAAAACUAUGUUUAUAGUAGACAUAUUAUCCAAUCUGUCAAAUAUUAUUCAAUAUAAAGAAAGCAUGACAUUUUUCUUUCAAAAAUAGUUGCUGUCAAAGAUUCUACUCACAGUCUUGGCUUGUAAAUGUCAUUCCCAGCGCUGUUCCCAUUUGUUUCCAUGCUCCAUUUAUGGUACGAUACUUACCUGUAACAGAAAAAGAACAAAAUGAAAAUCAAUCAAAUGAACAAAAACCUCUUUCUGAAGUAAGAGGGGAAGGAUCUCCAUGGGUGAGGAUAGGGUUGAGGCUAAGAAGAGCCCUGAGGGCAGAAAAAGUCGGUAGACAGAUUAGAUACUGUUUUAAAUGUUAAUGAGGAAAUAGCAUUAAGGAAAUGGAAGGGUAAAGGUACUAAUGAAACAAACCUAUGCUGUAUUCUGCAGGACAUGAAGAAUUUUUAAAACAAACCAAACCAAACCAUGGUCUGUGUUUAUGCAGAAUUGAAAUAUACUAUUCUUAACGGUGGGAUGAUUUGGUUGAGUUAUUCUAAUUUCCAGUUCUGUUUGGAAUUUUUGUUACAGUGCUGGAUUGGCAUUUAUAAACUUCCUUAGGCAUGCAUAUCUAAAUAUUUUGGAGAUUUUCAAAGUCCUGCCAAUGGAUAAAGCAAAUAUUUUGUAGAGUAUUCAUAUUUAAAAAAAAAAAAAUCUUUUGUAGGGAUAAUUUUCCCAUUAAUCAAGAUAAGAGGCAAUACAUUUCAAAAUCUGUAGAGAUUGUGUUUCCUUUGUUUCAAGGUAAGCUGGAGUGAGUCACUGGCUAUUUUAAUAUAUUCUACACCAGCAUUUUAAGUAUACAGCUCUUUUCAUGGCCCGUAUUUGCCAGUAAAUCCAACUUUAAGGCCUGGCAUGGAACACAGAAAUAGCUUGGCUUUAAAACAUACUCUUUCCUCUUACUUUAACUAUUUAAACUUUAUUAAAAAAAUAAAAUGAA